UUUAAAUGAAUCUGUUGUAAUAGCCAGUAUAUAACCUAGGAUACAUUCCUGGAAUGUUUGCUUUGUUUAAAGGGCAGAUCCAAUGCUCUGUGAUAUUGAUUAGCUCCAUUUUUAAGCCAUCUUUUUCAAUUUAAAACUGGGUCAAAGACAAAUAGGGGAAAGAUUUAUGGUAUUUUGUCGUCUUUCAGAGUCAUAUUUUCAUAUUAAAUUUACUAAGGCCUUUAUAAAUGUUAAACUUAGAUUUUAAAGUGUAAAAGUGACCUUUGCUCCUUUGUGAAAAUGUGCAGGUUUUCUGUCUCAUGGAAGGUGUGUGCUUCAGCUCCACGUUAGAUUUUCAAAUUAGGAGCAAAGGUCUGUUUGAGCUAAAGAUUUACACGUUGUAUCAGUGUUGGAUGGUGCGUGACCGUGCAUGGAUACCACUCUGCAGAGUAAACUGCGCUUCGGUCAUCAGGCGCUACUCAGAUGUUAUGACAAUGCCGGACUCUUUCAUUCAGCGCCAACAGCUCGACGCCAGCAUGGCCGACACCUUCCUGGAGCAUCUCUGUCUGCUGAACAUCGACCAGGAGCCAAUCACAGCGCGCAACACCAGCAUAAUCUGCACCAUCGGCCCUGCCUCUCGAUCCAUCCCAAAGCUCCAGGAUAUGGUUAAGGCCGGGAUGAAUAUCGCUCGCCUAAAUUUCUCUCAUGGAUCUCAUGAAUACCACAGUGAGACCAUUAAAAACAUCAGAGAGGCUGUGGAGACCAUAACCUCUGACCCUUUGUAUUAUCGACCCGUUGCCAUCGCUUUGGAUACGAAGGGCCCAGAGAUCCGCACUGGAUUGGUGAAAGGGAAAGUGGAAGAAGAGGUGGAGCUGAAGAAGGGCAGCCAUGUGCGAGUGGUGACAGCAGAGAGUGACAAAGACAAGACAGACGGGAAGAUAAUCUGGGUGGACUAUCCCAACUUGUCAAAAGUCCUGGAAAAAGGGAGAAGGAUCUACAUUGAUGAUGGUCUGCUAGCACUCAAAGUAUUGGAAAUCGGCUCUGACUGGGUGGACACGGUGGUGGAGGCCGGUGGGGUUCUCUGCAGCCGUAAAGGCGUCAACCUGCCCGGCUGCGACCUGAUCGGUUUGAGGGCCGUCAGCGAGCAGGACGAGGCCGACCUGAGGUUCGGGGUGGCUCACGGCGUGGACAUGGUGUUCGCCAGCUUCAUCCGCUCGGCCCAGGACGUGAAGGACGUGCGUCAGGCUCUGGGGGCUCACGGUCGACAUAUCAAAGUGAUCAGCAAGGUCGAAAGCAGACAGGGUGUUCAAAAUUUUGUGGAGAUCCUGGCUGAGAGUGAUGGUGUGAUGGUUGCCAGGGGUGACUUGGGGAUUGAGAUCCCUGCUGAGAAAGUCUUCAUUGCCCAGAAGAUGAUGAUUGGGCGCUGCAACUCUGCUGGAAAGCCCGUAAUUUGUGCCACACAGAUGCUGGAAAGCAUGGUUUCUCACCCACGGCCGACCCGAGCAGAGAGCAGUGACGUGGCCAACGCUGUGCUCGAUGGAGCCGACUGCGUGAUGUUAUCUGGGGAGACCGCCAAGGGACUCUUUCCUUUAGAGGCUGUGGCAAUGAUGCACUCGAUCUGUAGGGAAGCUGAGGCCGCCAUCUACCACCACCAGCUGUUUGAGGAGCUGCGUCGGCUUACCCCUCUGUCCUCUGACCCCACAGAAGUCACUGCAAUCGGAGCUGUAGAGUCGUCCUUUAAAUGCUGUGCAGGGGCAAUUAUAGUCCUCACCACCAGUGGCAGGUCGGCACAUCUCCUGUCCAGGUACCGGCCUCGCUGUCCAAUCAUUGGCGUCACCAGAAGCCCUCUGGUGGCCCGUCAGUCCCAGCUAUUAAGAGGUGUGUUUCCUGCUCUUUUCCACCCUCUUCCUGCCCCUGUCUGGGCAGAUGAUGUUGACAACAGGGUCAGCUUUGGCAUGGAGAUAGGGAAAGCAAGAGGAUUCUUCAAGUCGGGAGACAUGGUGAUUGUGGUGACAGGCUGGAUCCCAGGGUCUGGUCACACCAACAUCAUGAGGGCAGUGAGCGUCCAGUAACAACGCCUCCUUGCUGGACUCUAAACCUCACCCCCAUUCUGCCUUGGGAAGGAUUUAUGGGCUCAUUCAAAUAAAACUUUAAGCUUGAA